UCGGCGCUAAUUUCAUUCGAUGCCCUUGUGAUGAAUGCUUGGUGUUUUUCGUGUGACGCAAAAACGGCGUGCAAUGUACAUUUACUAAUAUUUUUAUAAAUCGUGAAAAAAAAUAAUAAUUAUCAGAUACCGGCCGGUGUCAUCGUUCGACGAAUUUAUUUAAGUUAGUGAUGGAAGAAUCAAAUAGCAAGCCACCAAAACUAGGGGUUAGUCAAAUAAAAAAAAUCGUUUCAAAAGUAAUAGUAAUAACGCCAAAGCAAAUAGCAGAAAUGGGAUUACAGAAUCAAUUAAAGAACGUAAAAAUGGGUACGGUAAUAGGACAGAUACCGGAGGCAAAAACCGGGGACGGUACAUCUACUGGUAAAAAACCGGUAAAAGCUGCCCUAUUGAGUAAUUUGCGCACAAAAAUGAGUACGUUAUUGAAUCACAGUCCGUUCGUAAUGCAAGUGGACCCGAAAGAUACGGUUGAUCUGGUCUAUGAGAGUGUAGACGAUGAGGCUUGCGACGCGGCUGAGGUUAUCGAAAUAGUGAACGAUAAAAGUAAGAGUGAGAAAAUCCCCGAAAAGGAAAUUAAAGAAAAGAAAAAGAUUGAAGUGUUAAACGAUCAGGUCGUUCAUUACAGUUCAGAUGAUUUGGAUCUUAUGCUAGAAAGAGUGCAGAAGAAACAUGCAGUAACGAAACCUAUAAUACAAAAAACCGUUAUAUUAAACAAUAAUAAGAUACUACAAAAGAAAAUUGUUUCGAAAUCAUCUUCUGACUCUGAAAAUUUAUUAUAUGUUCCAGAUUUACCUGAAGCCGCCGCGGCAAGCCAAAUUACGUCAAUAAGUAGCAGCGAUUCCGAUAGAGAACUUUCCCCCGAAAAGGACGAUAAGAACGAUGUGUCUGUGAAAAAGAAUCUAAUUGAUUUAGAUGCUCUAAUAGCGGCCAAGAAAGUUAUUACGGACGCGGCGAUACGUACCGUCCCUGAGUCUUUUAACCCAUCUGCGUUGAAAGGUCGACAGAUUUUGCGCACUUACUCCAAAAUACAAUCGUUCUCAGUUGUGGGCAAUCCAACGCAAAGAGAAUCAAUCAAUAAACGCAUAAUACGCAUCCACAAAAGAGGUUCGAAGAGAAGAAGCGACGACGAAGACGAAGAGUGGGUUUCCCCGAAAAGACCAUACAACAGACAAAAAAAAUUCAAAGACACUACAUCGACCGAACAAGAGCUUCAAACGAGCGUCGAAGAAAAAGUAAGGAGAAUUAUGGAUGAGUGUAAAGGAAAGGAAACCGUCGAGCAGGUCGUCGCCCCCAAGAAAAGAGGAAGACCAAGAAAAACUCCUCUCCAACCAAAAGUUGAUGUUGAACCACCCAGCGAUGGCGAUAAAGAAAGAAAUAACACAUCUUCGGACAAACCUGAAAUAGUUACUCCAAGAAAAAGAGGACGCCCAAGAAAAAUAUAUGUCGACCCGGGAAGAGAUGAUAAAACCUCAGACGAUAAUUCACCGAAAAAGAAACAAAGAAGGCGAAAAUCCGACGCCGACGAAAGAGAAUUUUCCGCACCAUCUUCAACCCCCGGAGGUGUAAGAACAAGCGGGCGAAAACGAAAAGUAGUUGAUUACGCCGCUUUAAGCGGUGGAAGAAUAUCAUCGUCGGAAGAAGAAGAUUUUGCCGAAAUCGAAAGACUCACCGGAACGAGCAUUAAACACGAUUCUUCAGAGGACGAAUCCAGCGAAGAAGAAGAAGAGGAAGAGGAAAUUCCAAGAGAAGAUGAAGACAAAGAAAAGUCCACCUCAAAAAUGGAGGCUGUACAUCCGUUGAAAAAACGAUUGAAAAUGGAACACGCUCAAGCGGCCGAAAAAGAAAAAGCUGACGAAGAUGAGAAGAAAGAUAACGGAAGCAAUAAACACGAAAAUAAUGACGUACAAAAUAAUAGUACCGUUAAAGAAACUAAAGAACCUCCAAAAACCGAAGAAAAAGAUAAUAAAGAAAAUUCUCAAAUAAAACAGAAAACGCAGAAUCUAGAAAAAGAGAAUGAAACCUCCAUACAUAAAAACGACUCCAAUGAUAAUAAUGACAGUGCUGAAAAUUCUGAAAGUGACAAAAAUUCCACAUCAGACGAGAAAGAUUCGCAAGAAAUUGAAAGAAAAGAUAACGAUAAUGUCGUUGAAAAGAAGGACAGUAAUGAUAGUAAAGUUGAAAAAAAUGACCAAGAAGAUGACGAAAAGGACGUGGAGAAAGUAGAAUCUGACAAACCGGAAGAGGAGAGUGACAAUGAAGACAAUACCAUCACUUGUGGUGUGUGUAAGGAGACUUUGGACUCUGAAUCUGGGUGGGUGAAACAUAAACAAGGACGCCACAAUAAUUUGGCUUGGAAGGUUGGCGAACCACCUUUGGAUUUAGAGAACUACGAUCUAGUGUAUAAGACUCUAAAAGUUACCCUAAAACAGUACGGUGCCCUUGUGUGUGAGGUGUGUGGAGAGGACUAUUCCAGUGCGGUCAAGUUUAUCAAGCACGCACGAAAGUGUAAGAAUAAAGUGUGUUUUGACUUUGAAAAGCGAGCGCGACGUUUUUCAUCGAGUAAAGCAUCGCGAAGUUUCGCCGAUGCCGAUCCCGGUACAUCAUCGGCUGACGGCGAGGUCAUCAAUAAUGUUCCCAAAGUCGUCAAGAAGAAAAACGACAAACAAUUUUCCCAGAAAAAAAGUGGUUCUAAUACAAAUCCUCAAAACGAUGUUAAAUGCGCCGUUUGCGAGAAGAGUAUACCAAAAAGACAAUGGUCCAUUCAUAAGUCUACUAAACAUAACAAUUUGGCUUGGAAAGAUGGAGACGAACCGUUGGAUUUGGACGAUACUAAAUUAGUAACGAAAUUGUUGACGCAAUUGUGCAAACAAAAAAAGGUUUUAACUUGUGAAUUGUGUGGUGCUAAAAAGAAAUCCGCUGUCGGUUAUAUUUCUCAUAAACAACAAUGUCAAAAGUCAAUACAUGAAUUAGAUGCUUUAAAAGUGGAAUGUAAGAUUUGUUAUAGAAGAAUGUUACCAGUUAGUUUAGGUAUACAUAUGCAACUGUCUCAUUCCGCUAAAGAAGCAAUUAUUCUGGGUGAUAAACAAGAGGAUGUUUUAACACCGAGGAAAGCAGCUAUGAAAGCUAUAAAUAGUAUAAAAAAAUUUCGGGAAAAAGAAAAAGAUUUAAAUCAAACAGCAAUAUCAAAAAAAUUUAUUAAAAAUUUCGAUUUUACUACAUCGAAUGAUGAUGUGAUGAACAAAUUUAAAAGUGAUAUUGAAACGCAUACCUUUACAAAUUGUAUUUAUAGCGAUUGUAGUUUUAAAAGUGAAACUGUUGAGGAUCUAUGCAAACACUUAAAUAUCUGUGAUAAAAAAAUCGAGGGAAAUAUAUUUACUUGUAAUUUUUGUUUAAAAACUUUUAUUAAUCGUAAAGAAGUUGGUCAGCACAUAAAAACACACGAUGAAACUGAUUGUUAUGUUAUUAAAGAUGUGGAUGAUGAUGAGAAUUUUGAAGCUGAUGGGGAGGAAGAAAUCGAUCCUUUUGAUGAUAUAGAAAUUGAUAAAAUGAAUUCAUCUUUAUCUAAAGGAGUCACUAAAAGUGUUGGACAUAAAGUCAAAUUUAUGGAAAAGAUUAAUUUUCAUAAAAAAUCUUGGAAUGUAUUUUCGUUUGCUUAUAAAUGGACCAAAGAAUUUGCAGAUCAUUAUUUUGCUGAAAAAGACAUUUUCGCUGAAAAUGGUGUAGAUAAAGACCAAUUUAAAAGUAUUAAAAACGAAGAUAUCUUCUUUUAUCUCCCUAAACAAACAGAAUCGAUUGAUGUUUCAAGACUGCUCUUAGAUGAUUUAAAAAAUCCGCUCGAUCAAGAUUUUAAUUGGAGAAAAUAUAAAUUAUUUGAAAGCGAUAUUUCAUCCGAUGGAACCUCAACAAUUUUUUGUGGCGGCAAAAUAAACUGUCUCGUUUGGAUUCCAACUCCCCACACACAUUUAAACGAAAACCAAAUAUUAUCAAUCAGCGUUUUAAACCCCGAAAAGAGUUAUUUAAAAACAAUAAAUCAUUACGAUAAAUCUUUGAUCCAAUUUUGGAACUUUGGUCCAUUAAAAAACGGGGAAAAUUCCAAAUUUAAACCGAAAUUAGAAUUUUGUUUGGGUCAUAAGUAUGGUUUGAUUACAAAUUUAGAGUGGUGUCCUUCUGGUUAUUAUGAUCCCUUUAAAAAUAAUGAUGAAGUACAAAGAUUAGGUUUGAUUGCUGUUGCAACUGGGGAUAAGUUUGUUUAUAUUUAUUCAAUUUGUCAACCUCGCCAAAAAAGUGGUAAAUUAUUCGAAAAAAAACCUUUAGUAAAAUUAUCUUUAACCAAGUCAGUUGAUGCUAAUAUUGGAGAAAUUGAGUUUUUUCCAACGAAAACUUCAUGGACAAAAGCGAAAGGACACAAAUAUAUUGCUGUAGGAUAUUCUAAUGGAAUCGUCGCAAUUUUUUCUUUGGAAAAAAUGUUUAUUGAAGAAGUUUUGUAUCCAUUAAAAUGUUUUAGUGCGGAAUGCGAAUCAAUAAGUGCACUUCUUUUAACUCAUCAUUCCAAUGGAAAUCAAUUUCUCAUAACAGCAUCAACAUUUAAAGACAUGAAACUUUGGGAUUUAAAUGAUACAUCAGAUUGUAUUUUUAUAAGUCGAAAGUAUCCAAUAACUGAGUUAACAUGUAGCAUCCAUUGGCUCAUUCCUUUAGUUUGUUAUGAUAACACAACAACUGUAGCAUCUUGGUUGGUUCCUUUUCGCGAACAUAACUGCGACCACGAAGCCAUAACAUUCACUGUAUUUAAUAGCACGGUAACAUCCGUGACUUCAAACGAUUGGGGGAAUUUGUUUAUUAGUUGUAGCGAUACGGGAGAGGUUGUUAUAUGUAUGGCUGAUCAACUUUAUGAUAAAUAUGAUUAUGAUCUUAAAAAAGUCAAACCAAGAUUUUUGUUAUCUUACACUGGAAUUUAUUCAAAAAAAUUAACAAAGGAUGAAAAUAAGGCGAUACAAAAAAAUAAGUUGAACCAAUUAAAAAAGAAAGGAUUAAAUCCUGAGGAUGCUAUUAAUUUUGGGCCAAGAACUUAUGAAGAUGUUAAAAAUCGUUAUGGAUUGAUUUUUUGUGAUAUGGAUACAAAUUUAAAUAUAAGACAAGGAUCUGAUGGUCCCAGUAAAAAACACGACAAAUUUUUAAACGAUUUUAAUUAUCAUAGCAUCAACAAAGUGGAUUUGUAUCCAAUGCAAAGUAUAAGCAAAGCCGUGCUAAAUCAAAACGCUCAGUCUUUUCACCAUUACGCGCUUGGGUACCAAGUAGGUUUCGUUCGAGUUUCUAGAGUAAGUUUCUUAAAUAAGUCUUUGUGUAAAUAAUGUAAAUAACUGUAUAUAAGAUUUAUAUAUAAAAAAAAUAAGGAAACAUUCCUUCUU